GGAAAAAAGAAAAUGGCAGGUCCAUUCACCAUCGCACUUUCCACCCGAACGCUGUCCGCCACGCGCCUUCCCCUCCUCGUCCCUGUUUCUCUCCGCGCCUUCUCCCUAACCCACUGCCCACUUUCCCAAUCCAACCCCUUCCAGACCGGGCCCGCCCCGCCGCGCCUGCCCAAGGAGGAGCAGGAGAUAUUCGAGCGGCUCCAGCGCCAGUCCACAGGGGCGUUCAGCACACCUCGCUCACCGCCAAAGGUCAACCAGCCCGGCGAUGCUGACGCCUCCUCCUCCUCUUCUUCUUCUUCUUCUUCCUCCUCCGAGCCCCGGAUUGACGAAGGGGAAGAACUGCACCCGGACGUGCGGCUGGGCGUGAAGCCCGAGUUCGACGGAGAUGUGAAUCCCAAGACGGGAGAGGUUGGCGGGCCGAAAAAUGAGCCCUUGAGGUGGGGUUCCGGCGGCGAUUGGAGCUAUGGUGGGAGGGUUACAGAUUUCUGAGAGGAGCAAGUUGUGAAGUUGUGAAUGUGAGUGUGAGAAGUAUCGGAACUCUGCGGAAUGGGCUUCUGGAAGAGAAAAGGGCUGGUGUGUUUGGGGUGUUGGGGGGGGGGUGUUUAUACGAGCAAAACGACGAAGAUGGGAGACCGGAUGAUUGCGUGAAGAUCUCUGCCGAGUUAACUCAAGCUUCGCUCUAUGCCCAGAGAGAUAUUACAUGGUGCCUUAUGGCGCUUUUGCUUAGACGAGAGCCCGGAUGCUCAUGGCUUUCCUCUUCGUUCCUCUUCGACGUCCUGAUAUAUGGAAACGAAAGCGUGCAACGACUGGAGGUUAACUAUGUGGUUUGGCUGAACGUUUGGCCCGUGGAAGAAUCGUGGCGAGGACUCCUUUUUUUGUACGAUAUGACGACCGGCUAUGCUUAUUUUCGUCUCUUCUUUGUACUGUACCAUAGAAACUAUAUACAUAAUGCAUCCCGUAAAAAAAA